UGUACGUUAGUCGUCCGCAUCCUUCAUUGGGGGCAGCACAGGACAUGAUCGCGUAACCCUGCCCGUGAGCAAUCUCCCAACUCAUCUCUGUCUUCCGUCUGUUUUCUUUUACCGUUCUUGACAUUCGUUAAUCAUGUCGGCAGUAUGCUGGUGAAUUGUUUCUUCCGUUCGAAACAUCGUCGGUUAAUAAAUGAGGAUAUUUUAGAAGCAUUUUAUCGUGAUCGAGUCGCGAACGGUAUUUGUCUUCUCCUCGAGCAAAAUGUUAGGUUAAGUCAUCGGUCACUAUGGCUCAGUAUAUGUUCGAUUCUCUAACAGGAGUCUCGCUCUACAGUCCUAUGGUGCAGUCUCUGUUGGAAUCUCAAACUCUGAUCACGGAAGUGGAACAGUCUGCCAUUGACCAGGAAGAAGAUGAUUUGUUUCAAUGUGGCAAGUGCAAGUGUCAAUUCACAUCUCUACAUAUGUUUGUACUACACAAACGGGAACACCUAAAAGUAUUGGAACAGACCGUCGAUCUCAGGCAGUAUUUGGUCAGUGAUGAAAGUCCGACAACCCAGAACUCUGACCAAAAUAUAACACAAUAUGAUCCCCAACAGCCGUUUGAUCCAGGGGAUCCUACCGGAGGAUCGAUCAUAGUCGAAGAAACGGACAUGUUGUUCAAUAUGGACCAAGAAAGUGCUAACUAUUUAACUCCUGAGUCAGGGUUUAACGUACCUAUCAUUUUAAACACAGAAAAUUUAGAACCCUUUGCAAAUUCCACUAUGAAAAUGGACAACGAUCUGUCCGAUGGAAAAACUGAUUAUGAUCCAAAUUUACAAAAUGAAGUCUCUCAGGAGAAAUCAGUAACUAGUACACCCCCCAGUACUGACUUGCAAGACGAUGCCUGCAAUACCAGUGACCAAGAAAGUAGUUUGAAUCAAACUCAAAAUUUAAAGGUGAUUCGACAUUUUCAACUCUUUUACAUUUUACAUCCAUACCUGUGUUAUUUAAAAUUCUUUUUAAGACCAUUUUUUAAUACUUCCUGUAACGCUAACCUUCAUUCCUUGAUUCAGUACAAGUGCAGCUACUGCAAGAAGCAGUUUUCAAAAAAGUUUUACUGGCAGCAGCACGAACGCUCGCAUACCGGAGAGAAGCCGUAUCAGUGUGUGGUGUGCGGUCGAGCGUUCGCCCAAAAGUCCAACGUGAAAAAGCACAUGUCUUCGCACAAAGUUUGGCCCGGGACUUCCAUCCACACGCUGCCCCCCGAGGCACCACCCGAUGGUAGCAUAGAUCGCACAUACCACUGCCAGUUCUGUAAGGAGAUCUUCGAUUCGUACAAGGCUCUCAAGGGCCACCUGAUAGUCUCUCACCUGACCCUGAAAGUGUAUAAGUGCGUGCAAACCAGUUGUAGCAUGAUGUUCUCCGAGUUGGACGACUUUCUUGAGCACACCCGCAGUCAUAAGCGAUCCGAGUACCGCUGUCAUGUUUGCGGUCAAGUUUUUGACACCCUCUCAGACCUCGGUCUCCACCAGUACACCCACUCUGUCCAAAAGCAGAAAACUACGGAGAAGUAUUACUGCUGCUCGGUCUGCAAGUCGUCUUUUUCUAACCUCGAAGCUCUUCAGCAUCACGUCGACACGACCACUCACGAUUACACGUGCACUCACUGUGGCAAAAGUUUCCUCAUCGAGAGGUUCUUGCGAAGGCAUUUAAAAACUCACGUUUCCUUAGCUCGCUUUGCUUGCGAAGAUUGUGGGAAAGCCUUCAAGACGGAACAGUAUCUGGCCAAUCACAAGCUGAUACACAGCGAAGAGACACCGUUUACAUGCCCAAGUUGUCCGGCAAGAUUCAAGAGGAAAGAUCGUCUUGGGCGACACAUGUUGAUCCAUGACUUGACGAAGAGGCUGAAAUGUCCUUUCAGAGGAUAUUUAGGAUGCAUGAGUGAAUUCUCGAGGCCGGACAAGUUGAAACGACAUCUCCUCACGCAUAGUAACAUUAAACGUUUUAGUUGUGGCCAUUGUAACAGGAACUUUCAUCGUGCCCAGGCUCUGAAACAUCACGAGAUCAAUAAGCACAGCGUCAAGUGCGAGAUUUGUUCACAUGCUUUCAAAACUAAGGAACAGCUGAUCACUCACAACUGCGAUCAGGUUGAAACGAAAAAGCACACGAGCUCUCAACUGCCCAGGAAAGCUUCGGGUACAUUUAAGCCAAAAAGGCCAGCACCAAAAAGGCAGAUAACAUAAGAAAUGAUUAUCAGUGAUAAGGAGAAAUCCCAGAAAUUAAAAUACAACAAACUGCCUCGGACGAUCAUGUCCGAUGUACCGAGAGCUAAUACUUCCAUACGGAGAUAAGUUACUUCACCUGGUAAACGACCUUACGAUUCAAGCUAUCACGAAUUCGAUACAACGCACCUGCGAAUAGAACGUCUAUGAGCAUAUAUUUUUAUCAAACGAUACUUAAUUUAUACGUAGAUUAUACUUUAAGUAGGCUGAGGAAACGCGAGUGCAAGAAUCGCAUUAUAUUAUAUAUAUUAACGUACGAUAUAUACAUAUACCUGUGUAGCUUACACAUCUGUGAUAAUUGUAUUAUAAAAUCGACGUAACUUAUACGUAUUUAACAUAU